AUGACUUCAGUAAUUCACUAUCGAGACCCUAUUGCUUACCGGAGCGGCGACCUAAUGGGCACGAAUUAUGUCCCACCGCACAUGGCCUCUCUCAACCGAUCGCCUGUUUACGAUGACCACUCGUCUGGUUCUGAACGGAAACAAUCCACGCCGGGGGCCAAAAAGCGGCCUUCCAGAGCUGGCACCCGCAGCGUUACCACACUAACUGCAGCACAACUAGAGCGCAAGAGAGCAAACGACCGAGAAGCGCAGCGAGCCAUUCGCCAACGGACUAAGGACCACAUCGAAAGUCUCGAGCGUCAAGUCCGCGAUCUUACUGCGCAGAUUGGCACCAACAGCUCUACCAAGAUGAUGGAGCUGAUGCGGCGGAAUGAGGAGCUGGAGCAAGAGAACGCCUUGCUCAGGGCGCGACUGUCUCAUGCGGGACAGGCGUUGGGCAUGUUGGAAGGCUCAGGAAAUUCGAUGGCUGGAGCAGAGCAAACCGGCCUGCUAGCUGCGACCGGAGGCGCCCCGUCGCCUAGCGAUCGGAUUCAGAUUCUCAGCCACGCGCGUCGGUCGUCAACUGGAACCGCGAGGAGUGUUCACUCUGUACCAGAAAUCACCACGACACCCGCCGCACAACCUGCGCCCUGGCAGCAACAGCACCCGCAACAGCCGCCGCAGCAUCAGCACCAGCAUCAGCACCAGCAUGCCUAUCCACCCAACGUACCUUCACCUCAUGUCGAGCAUCCCCCAUCGAACUGGGGCCCUCAUCCAUCCGCACACCCCUCCCAGCAUCCAGUGUCGCUUUCAGUGCCCGACUCCUCACUGCACGCCGUUGAAUCUGGAAACAUUUCUUAUCCCACCCCCUACUCGAUGGAUCAGAACACCAGGUCCAUGUCUUACCCACUGGAGAAUGCGUCGCUGGUCACUUCCCAGGCAAUGCAGAUCGGUGGUUACCAGACGCCUACUUCGAAUCCCUCGACACACUCCUCAGAAUACCACAGGCAGAUGAGCGUCCCGAUGAACGCCGCACCACCGGCAGGACAUGGCCCGCAUCCGCACGCGUAUUCUGGUUCUGCACAUCAUGGUUAUGUUCCCCAAAGCAGCCAUCCGGGGGAGAUGCACAUGAUGGCUCCUGCUCCUCAUCCGCAAUCCCACAUGGUCAAUGAACAGGGUCAGAUGAUGUAUCACCUCCCGCCGCACAUGAAGGUUGAGCACUAA